AUGGCUAAAGUGGAGACUUUUAUAAAAUUAUAUGCAGUGCUAAUAGUGUUUUUAAUAAGGACAUAGCAUUAAUUUAAUGAUUUUCAAUUAUCAAGCUUUAAAAAAAAUGGGCAUAAUGAGUGAUGAGUGAAAAAAGUGACCACGUUUGAGGUUAACAAUUAUGUCAAGUAUUGAUAAAAAUAUUAUGUGUCGAAUUGAAGUUUUGUGAAAUUCAUGCUUAUUUUAUAUAAGCAAAUUCUAUCGUAGAAACACAUUUGAAUUACAUUGUGCUAUAAUGUAUUGCAAUACUUUGCAAAUGGCUCCCACCCAAGAGCGUUGUCCGGUUUGCCGGUUAUAUCUGCUUCCAGAUAUGCUCUUGUCUGAGCAUUUAGAUACUCACCCAAAAGAUCAAGUGAUUCUAGCAUUAACGAAUUUAGUAGAGAGGCAGAGGAGUUCUAGUAAUUCUUCACCAUGGAUAACAGUAACAAAACCUUCUUCGACCGUAAUAAAUAGUUCACAGUCUUCAGAAAACAUUAGAUUAGAUUGGGCUGAUAACAGUAUCAGAGCUCCUAAUUGGCCAAAAGUCCAAGAGGAAUCUUGGGUGGGUAAUAGAUCAUCAGUUCUAGCCUCUUCAUCUAGAACAGCUUAUUGGCAAUCACAUCAGAGUACGGAGUAUGGAAGUGAAUCAAGAUUUAAUACUCCUUCCUUUAAUUAUUCAUAUACAAAGCGUGAUUCUCAUCAAUUAAUAAGACCUGUGACAAGAAAACAUGAAAAUAUACAGAAAAAUUCCACUACAAUUCCUGUUAUUCAAAGAAUUGAGCAUUCAAACAACGAUGUUAGACCAUUGCCUAGUCCUACAAGUAAUUACAAGUAUAAUGAUUAUUCAGAACAUCAAGGUGUUUAUGAUAGGCUCAAUACAAUGGAACAGAAUGACAACUUAGUUGAUAAUCAAGGAUGCACUAGUGAAAAAUCUUUUAAUAUUGAAACUGUUGAAAUUGAUGUGCCAAGUGUGGUUUGCAUGAAUAAUGAAAUUAGUCGUUUACAGUCAAUUAAUAUAAGUUCUGACAAAGCUUUGAGAAGAGAUGUUAUCAUCCAACCUGUUAGAUCUAGGAUCCCAGCUGUGGAUACGACACCAAUUAUAGAUUCACUCCUUUCCAGUACUGAAAUACAUAAUGCUCAUAGUUCCAAUACCAAAAACAAUCAGACCGAUUAUUUAUCUAAAGAAAAUCAAACAAAGUCUUUAAAACAUUCUAAGGAAGAAAUAAUAUGUAAACAGAAUAUAGAAAUUAUAAGUCAUUCUGUAGUAAGUAAUCCCAAAUCCUUCAAGAACACAGAUGUGUCAUCUUUAAUAGUCAAACAGAAAAAUGAAGAAUUAAAUGGUUUGCAUGAAAUAAGCACAUAUGAAAAUAGUAAUUUAAUCAACAAUAAUGAAAAUUUACAAGGUUGGAAAGAAUUCAGUCAGGGAGAUUCUGACGAAAAACUCUUAUACAGCGAUGAAUUAGAUGAUGAAAAAUCAUUUGAAACAAAUUCAGAAUCUGUUUAUGAUUCCGAUCAUAGAAAAACGAUGUUUUCACCUAAUUUAGUCAUCAUAAAUUUAGAGACAAAUAAUGAAAAACUAGAUUCACCUGAGAAACUAUUGGAUAUAGAUAUUUGUCAACCAAAUUUAAGAAGUGGACCAGUUUAUGUAAAGCCUAAAAAUGAUAAAGAAGACAAACAGACUGACAAAUAUAAGAAAAUAAAUUGCACUGAAAUAGAGUCUUAUCCUGAUCAAAGCAAUUUUGAUCAUAGCAACAUGCCUACAGAAGAGUUUUCAUCUCAUUGUGGAUCUAAAAUAAAUACUUCUGACAAUUUAAAACAAAAUUUAGAUUGCAGUUUAUCAUCAGAAAGCUUAAAUAUUCGAACUGAUGAAAAAAUGCCUGCCAGAGGAGAAUUAAGUGAACAAGAAUCCACCGAUAGCUCUUCAUGGGCUUACCAGAAUGCUUGCAGUUCAUUCCCUCUUAAUUUGCCUGUGGAUGAAAAUGAGCUGAAUCUGUCCCAGUAUUUAUCACCAAUGUUGGAGCCGUCAUCUAGUUGCUCCUUAGUAAAUCAUAUUGAUGGAAGUAGAUCUUCUAAAUCAAAUUCAACAAUUAAGCAACUAAAUAUAUUCAAAUGUCCUCAUUGCACAGAUGAGUUUGUUUGCGCCAAGGAAAGACGAGUACAUAUCAGCAGAUGUCAUCCAACACAAACUACACACACUUUUGAACACAAUGAAUCUUUAAGAAAUUCAUUUGAAUUCUCAGAGGAUUAUUAUACACAUAACUCUAGUAACCAUAAUGAUCAAAAUAAUAUUAGUAAUAUAGAGCAUGUAGAAGUUGAUUGUCAGACCAAAUGUGAUAAU